UCAAUAUUAUUUUUUAUUUUUUAAUCAAAUAUUUGUUUAUACUUUUUGCGCAAAUCCGGAAGCUUGUAAUCAAAUCAAACGGACCGACCAUGGGAGGCUCCACAAUCCGGAUGGUCCUGGUGGCGUUCAAUCUGUUCUGCUUCGUGUGGGGUACGGCGUUGACCAUCACGGGUCUGGUGCUGCGUAACGCAAUUUCCGACACGAUCUAUCUGAACGACAAAGUAGUGCUGCACGUGACCACCAUCGAUGUGGCGCUCGGAGUUUUCAUCGUCCUGGUAUCGUUGCUAGGUCUUUGCGGAAUCCUGCAGAGUUCCUACUGCCUGUUGUGUACCUAUGCGCUACUUUUGGUCGCCCUGAUCAUCACCCAAAUAGUGCUGGCCAUCAUGUUGAACAUGAGCCAAACCCACCAGGACGAUAUCCGGAAGUGGUUCGAAGCGUUCUUCGCCAAGAAUAUGUACCUGAGGGAACCGUCGAUGGAGUUCGUCAUCAAUUGGGUCCAGCGGAAGUACCAGUGCUGUGGAUUGCACUCGUCUGCCGAUUGGGGAGCGAUUGUGCCACGAUCCUGUUGCAAACCGGGAACCGCUAGGAUCAGCUGCGUUCCGUACAGUUCCGGAUGUGAACCCAUGAUGGAGCAGGCCGCUUCCGGUGUUGGUGUGAUGGUCGGAUGGGUAUUACUUGGGAUCACGGUGGCGGAAUUCGUGGCACUCGUGUUGGCCUGUAUGGUGAUCAAUGAAUUUUACUAGAAAGGGUCGAAAAAAAGGGAGAAUAUUAUCUAUUUCGAAUUAUAAUAAUUUAUAAACCGGCGUCAA